UAUAAAAUCACCAGCCGCCCCGAGAAUUUGUCGUAUUCGUUCCGUGGCUCUCCAGCGCAAAACACAGUGCGAAAAUUUCUUGUGAUUCUCAAGUUUGGCAAAAAUUCUUAUAAUUAUUAAAAUUAGUGACAUUGUAACACACUUUUGCCAGUUUUUUUUUUUAAUUUCAUUUGGUGCGGUUUUGUUUCACUCUCUGUGAUUUAUUCUUCAUUUCCGCCCAAGACACAAGAAAGACCUCAAAGUUCCCCAAGAUGUUGAAUACAAAAGUUUUCUGUCUUCUCGUUGUGUUCAUUUUCGCUGUUGCUGCAGAAUCUACCCCUGGAGAGACGAAAGUUAGUGCUAAAACUGAAGAUUUGAAACCAGCCGAAAGUGGUCAAAUUUUUGACUUAGGAAGCUGGGCGAAUAAAUAUCCUAGAUCUUACUACGGUGGCUAUUCCGGAUACGGAGGCUACCCUAGUUAUGGAGGGUAUGGUGGUUAUGGAGGUUAUGGAGGAUAUCCCAAUUAUGGAGGCUACUCCGGCUAUGGCGGCGGAUACGGAGGUUAUGGUGGAUGGAAUAGGCCAGGAUAUGGCGGAUACAACACCGGAUAUGGAACCAACUACCUAGGUGGCGGUUAUGGAGGUUAUGGCGGAUACGGAGGUUACGGAGGAUACGGAGGAUACGGCGGAUACGGUAGUGGAUACGGAGUUUCCGGUCUUGGCGGUUACGGAGGAUAUGGAGGUAACGGCGGACUUUCGAGUUAUUAUGGAUAUAAUAGCAAUGACUAUAGCGGAAACCGUAAUGUCGGCUACGGUUACCAACAAGGAACAGCCAAUGAUGGUUUCUAUCGAAAUUCUUACACGAAUCCCACAUCAGUGAUCGGCCUGAGAGGUGCCUUCAAUUAAUCCCUGAAAGAACACACAAUACUCUCACGUAAUUUUAGGUUCUUCUCGUUUCCUAUUCUCCCACCUGUGGUACUUCUAAAUUCAAUUAAACUAUCCUAAAUGUACUUCUUUCACAUUUCCUUAUCUUUUCCUCAAAUUUUAUGCAUUCUUUGAUGUUUAAUUUAUCAAUAUGACAAAAAAAUGUAUUAUAGCGAAUAAAAGAUAAUGGAAAAGAUCUCCUUAUUUUAAGAUUGCCAUACACAGAAAUUUUUUAUAGAAAAAAAUAAGAAGAAAAUUAACAUUUAGCUGAAGGAAAAUACAAGAAGGUAAUAUAUUGCAUCUUUUGGGGUAACACACUACACCACAAACAGAAUACACACGCAAGAAAAUGGUAGAAAAAUGAAUAGAUCACUUAUUAGUUUUCAAUGAAUUUUCUUCCCAUACCACUCACCUUGACACUUCUGGGUAUUUUUUCUUCUCAAUUCAUAAUAUUUUUUUCUUAUUUUAGAUAACCGUUCACAAAAACACAAUGGGAAAAACAUAUAUGCAAUUUUUCUUUCUUCAAUACCACCCAACACACUAUUAAUAUUUCGUAGCUCUAAGCAUUAUUAUCUGUUUUAUUAUUCUUUUUUUUCUUGGUGAACCAGAAGCAAGAGGCUGCGGUAUAAAAUGCCGCGAUGUAUUAGAAAAAAUGGUAAAAGGAAAGCACUCAUGCAUGACACAAUGUUUUUCUUGUUUUCUAGGUGGUGGAUACUAUUACUAAACACGAGAAUGAUUCUUCUGCGUGAAAAUUAACAGCCUGACUUAUCACCAAGCAUAACAAUUUUGUCAAUUUUCAACGCAUUUCAUAUCAGGAAGCUUUUAAGAACAAUGAAAUAAAAAAAGCCACAAAAGAGAUAGAUUUCUCAGCAACAUGGAGAUAUUUUGGACAAUUUUGAGUCAUCUUUAAUGACUGAUGUUAUAUUCUCAGAUCUACAAUUCAAUAGAAUGAUAUUCUUCCGACUGUCAGCAAUUGUUAGGACGUAGUUCAAAAUAAAAAUUGAUCCACUAAUACCAAA